AUGGAUCUUAAUCGGCCUCUUGUGAAGAAGAUUGAAGUCAAUGUCGGCAAAUCUAAAUACCACGUCCACGAAGAGCUCUUGCGCAAGCUCCAGAACUACGCCUUGGAUUGGAUUCAGGAUUACCAUCAAGGCGAGGAUUGGAUGGAGAAUGAGGAUUUAAGAUACGCUUUUGAGAUGGCCAAGGGUGAUGGUGGGUAUGUUGCUUUGGCGGCCUUCUUUGCUGCUAUGCUUCGCCAGAAAAGCGCUGAGGACCACAUGAUGGCUCGUGAUUUUCUUCAAGCAGUUCCCGCCCUUGGUCCAUAUCUUUAUUAUGAAAGUGUUUGUGGGGGCAUCGACCAGCUUCGCUUCAAUCCCAAAUACCGAGACCAUAAUCAUCUUUUAGAAGCAUGGCUUGCAUUUAAUCAGCAGAUAUUCUUGAGUCUCUUGAUAGGCUUGAGAAACCGUCAGAGGUCUUGGGAUUGGCUACAACUUCGAUAA